CUCACAAUUUGAACAUAUUUUUCGAUUGUUGUUCCUUUUUCUUAUAAUUUUUAAAUUGAAUUAAAUUAAUUAAUUUCAAAUGGCACUGUAUGCAAGAUGUUUAAAGUUGCAGUCUACUUUAGGAAUGAACAUUAGCGUUAGAUACUUUUUUGGAGAAACCGCUGUUAAAAGGUAGGGAAGUUUACCAACAAAUUGGAAUAUUUUUGUUAUGAAAGGGCUUAUUGCCUUUCAGAUUGAGUUACACAUGUAGGAAAUACAAAUUAUAUAACAAAGGCUUACAGACUUUUAACCAUUCAAACAUGUUAUAUACAAGUGCGGUAGUUUAUAAGAGGAGAAAAACUCAAGAAGAAAGGAAAUCAAAUAGAAUAAUAGAAUAUUCUCCCAAAGCUAAAGGUGAAGUAGUGGAUGUUUGGCGAGACAUAACACUUGGUGAACUAGCCAAAGUUCUUAACAAAGAUAUUAACUAUGUAUAUGAACUAUUUUUGAAUGUAUUCAGUAACCCAAACACCCAAAUCACUGACAUUAAAGUUUUACAACAGGCUAUUAAGAGGAGUGGUCGAAGAAUGAGAAUUAUUGGAAAACCUUCAGAUGAAGUGGAAAAAACUGUAAUUAAAGAUGCUUUUCCUAGACCUCCACCUUCAAAAUCAGAAUUGAAACCAAGACCUCCAGUAGUUACUGUAAUGGGUCAUGUAGACCAUGGAAAAACUACUUUAUUAGAUGCUUUGAGAAAUUCUAGGGUGGUUGAUCAAGAAUUUGGGGGAAUUACACAGCAUAUAGGAGCGUUCUUGGUGACCCUUCCUUCUGGUGCCUGUGUGACAUUUCUGGACACACCUGGACAUGCAGCAUUCUCAGCAAUGAGGGCCAGGGGUGCCAACAUAACAGACAUCGUGGUAUUGGUAGUGGCUGCAGAUGAUGGUGUCAUGGAACAAACUAUUGAAUCCAUAAGGAUGGCCAGGCAAUCCAAAGUACCAAUUCUGGUCGCGAUUAACAAAAUCGACUCGCCCAAAGCAGACAUAGCUCGUACAGAAAAAAUGCUUGUUGAAGUUGGCAUCCAAGUGGAAAAUCUAGGCGGUGACGUCCAGGCUAUUCCUAUAUCGGCUCUCAAGAGGCAGAACCUCGACCAAUUGACUGAGGCCUUGAUUUUACAAGCAGAGCUACUCGAGCUUGGAGGUGAUCCAACUGGUCCAGUCGAGGCGGCUGUCGUAGAGAGCAAAGUCCAUCCUCUGCGAGGCAAAGUUUGCACUGUGGUUGUACAAAGAGGUACACUGAAAAAAGGGAAUAUUUUGGUAGCCGGUACCGCAAUGGCAAAAGUUAGAGCACUGAAAGAUGCGGUCAGUAACCCGCUCAGUGAAGUACCACCUGGCUACCCUGCUGAAAUUGAAGGCUGGAGAGAGUUACCACAAGCAGGUGACCAAGUCUUACAGGUAGAAUCAGAAAAACUUGCCAGGGAAAUUAUAAAAUUCAGAGAGGACCAGAAGCAAAAAGAAAAAUCGGAAAUUGAAUUGAAAGCCAUUGAAGAAAAAAUACAGCAACAUGAGCGACAAUACAAAGAAAAGUUACAGCUGAAAAGGAGGUUAGGCAGAUUCAGAAUGAAACCAGAGGGUCCAAGAAAACCAGAGAUUCAGACAGACACCGACGGCCCCCCGUCUCUACCCGUAAUCGUAAAAGCAGACGUCGACGGUUCCCUGGAGGCCAUCUUGGACGUCCUGGACACCUACGACUCGUCCAUCUGCAAACUGGACCUAGUCCACUACGGAGUUGGACCAGUGACCGAGAACGAUCUGGAAAUGGCCGAGAUGUUUCAAGGUGUGAUUUAUGCGUUCAACGUUGACGUUCUUACUCAGAUUAAGCAGGAUGCUGAGCAGAUGGAGGUGCCCAUCAAGCAGCACAAUGUCAUUUAUAAGUUGAUCGAUGACGUCAAGGAGGAGAUCAACGCAAGGUUGCCUCCAAAGGAGGUCGAGGAGGAGUUGGGAGAAGCCACGGUGCUCCAACAAUUUGAAAUUACCCAAGGUAAAAAGAAAAUUCCUAUAGCAGGGUGUAAAUGCGAAAGAGGAUUUCUGAAACGUACGGCUCUGUUCAGAGUAAUCAGAAAAGGAGAAGUAAUUUAUGAAGGGCAUUUAACUUCCAUGCGGCAUUUAAAAAGCGAGGUAGACGUUAUCAAGGCAGAUACAGAAUGCGGGUUGCAAAUUGAAGACAAAAACUUGUCAUUUGAAAAGGGCGAUAGAAUAAUUUGUAUAGAAAAGAAAGUGGUGCCCCAGAAGACUGACUGGGAUCCAGGUUUUUAAUAAAGUGAAUGUGUUUUGUUAAAA